UUCCCCCCCGACCGAGUGUCCAGUUUGACUACUCAUAGGUGGCACCACCUUCUGACUACAAUUUUACCCCAUCUAGGCUUAUCGCCGACGAUACAUCAACAAACAAAACGACGACCAAAUGUCAUCUCUCUUUUUUUAAUAAGUUGUGUGCGGUUUGUGAGUGUUGCCUCCCACUUGACUUGGUUCCAUUUAGUUUCUUUUUUUUGGCGGUCCACGAAAUGUCUAGUAAAAUCAUCAAUUUUAGUCCCGGUCCGUCAAAGUUACCUGAAGAUGUUUUGUUGCAAGUUCAACAAGAACUGCUGGACUAUCACGGAACGGGUAUCAGUGUUAUGGAGAUGAGUCACAGAUCCCCAGAGUUUAUGAAAAUCGUCACUGAUGCACAGGAAAAUAUUCGACAGCUUCUUAACAUUCCUUCAGACUACACAAUAUUGUUCAUGGCUGGAGGUGGCACAGGCCAGUUCGCUGCUGUUCCUCUGAAUCUCUUGCCUUCCACUGGCAAAGCUGUCUACCUCAACACAGGCACUUGGUCCGCAAAAGCUGCCAAAGAGGCUUCCAAAUAUGGUCGUGUGAUUGAACUUAAACCUGAUUUCAAAUCUCCAUCCAAUGAGAUUCAGUGGGAUCGUGAUGAAGAUGUCUCAUAUUUUUAUUACUGUUCCAACGAAACUGUCCAUGGAAUUGAACUCAAUUUUAUUCCUGAUACUCAUGGAAUUCCAUUAGUAGCUGACAUGUCUUCCAAUAUUCUCACAAAAGACUUUGACAUAACAAAGUUUGCUCUGGUAUUUGCUGGUGCACAGAAAAAUAUUGGCCCAGCCGGUGUGACUUUAGUCAUUAUCCGUAACGAUCUCAUGGGUAAACAAUCUGUUCACUGUCCCUCGGUGCUCAAUUAUUCGGUGAUGGCCAAAGAAAACUCGUUGCACAACACACCUCCAUGUUUCAAUCUCUACGUUAUGGCACUGGUUUUCCAAUGGAUCUCAGACCAAGGUGGUGUAAAGGUCAUGGAACAACGUUCAAAUGCUAAAAGCCAAAUGGUCUACGAAGUAAUCGAUAAUUCUAGCGGCUUCUACAGCUGCCCCGUCCCCGCUUCCGUUCGUAGUCGCGUCAACAUUCCAUUCCGUAUUCAAAACGGCAACGAAGAUCUCGAGAAACAGUUUUUGGAUGAAGCCAAAAGGAGAAAUAUGAUUCAAUUGAAGGGCCAUCGAUCUGUCGGCGGGAUACGUGCGUCCCUUUACAACGCCGUCACUGUCGAUGAAGUGUCCUUAUUGACAACCUUCAUGAAAGAUUUUAUGAAAUCAAAAUUGCAAUAAUUCUUUGAGUGAUUAAUGAUCUUAACUUUCUUUACGUUUUGAUAUUUCUAGUGUGAUUCUACUACGGGUAUAUAGAAUAUUAGAAUCUCAAACGGUGUAGAGUUCUAAGAAUCGGUAUUGAAGAGAGGCAAUAAAUUUUAGUAUCCAUCAA